AUGGAGGUCGCCUUGCUAAUGGCCGGAGCCUCUGUGACUGGAGCCGUCUUCGGCAUCCUUGCAGGACGUGGCUUCAGGCGGGACCGCGACCUGGUCAGUGAGCCUGAAGCAUUGGUUCCUUACAUUGGAGAGCGCCCAGCAAAGGCCCGGCGGCUCGCCCGAGCUUCCGAGGUUUCCACGGAACUGCACCGCAUGUUCCUCGAUGUGCGAGAUGCGACCACACAGAUUGCACAGGAGAUGCUCACAUUGAGACAGGAUCUCCAGCUUUGUCGCUGUGCCCAGCUUCAAAGCUGCAAGCAGCUCCGUAUGGGUCAGUUGGACGCGAAAGAGAUUCAAGAGCACGUGGCCAUGCUUUCGCUCCUGGGAAGCAGGCUUGGCAUUGAUCCAACGUUGAUAGCUGCCCUUCCUUCUGCCGCUGCAGGGGCAAGGUGUGGGUCGCCUCCAUCAAUGCAUGUGCUGGAGCUCUUUGAGCGCAGCCUUCAGAGCCACGAGAUCUCUUUGGAGGGGAGGCUUGCAGCGCUCGCAGAACAAGAAGGCCUUCUGGAGCCGCAUGGAGGAUUUCCCAGCGUGGCUGGUCACAAGGCAGCGGACGUUGCGGGCAUUGCGAGCUCGGUGGUGCUGCGACGUCCUGCCAUCCCGGAGGCUUCUGAUCUGCGUGAAGACUUUGAGGGCUGCCCUACUCUCAUCUUGACGCACAAGGAUUCCGAUGGUGAGAGCAGCACAUCGGAAGGGCGGAGCUAUCUUUCAGGCCGAGGGCCCUCACCAAUUGUUGAAGAGUUGGUGGACGAGGAGCCUGAGUUUGUGAAUUUUUGGGAGAAUGAUGUUGAGACCGACAGCAAGCCGCUGGCCCUUACGAAGCCUUGUGUGAAACAGGAGAUCCAAGAAACGGCGCCGAAGCGUGGCAAUCGUUCAGUUCCUUCACCUGCCAAUUCCGCGGACACUACGGGGGACGUCGAAGAGUCCAAAGAUCCUGGAAAGCUUGCAGCCCUGGCCCUGCUGCAGCAUGCCAGUGCGAAGGACAUGUCUGUGAUCAAAGGGUUGAAAUCUGAGGAUAUCAAGAAGGUUGUGGCCCAUCGCAAAAAGCAUGGACCAUUACGCCAGUUGGACGCUUUGCCGGGCAUUCUGGGGCCGGAACACUCAGUUGUCAAGCAUUGUCAAGCAGAAAGCAAAGUGCGGGUGAGCAGUCCUUCUGACAACUGUUUGUGCAAUGUCUUGGUUAGGCAUAAGGACGAUUGGAUAUGA